UAAUGUCCGCCUUCACAGCAGCCCGCAGGUGUUCUUGACGAGUGAUUAUAGCGGGAAUCGCUGAUUGCUAUUAGUUCCUCUUACCUUUAGAUUCACUCUCUCAAUUAGGCAUUCUGGAUCAUCGCUUAUUUUCUCACCCCCAAUCCUACCAUUGUUGGGCUGACCUUUUCUUCUUUAAUCUCAGAUUUUGGGUCGAGAUGUCCAGAAAAUAAUUUGAUGGUUGGACUUCAAAACAAAGAAUAGCCAUGAGUGGAGAACAUCUGAAUCCAAUUCCUUUGGAGAGUCGACCUGGCAUCCUUUUCGUUGGAUCAUCAAACGUUGGCAAGCGCUCCCUUCUCUCAAGAUUACUUUCUGUGGACUUUGAAGAUGCCAUGAAUUCGUCCACUCAAGUUUCGGUCCAUGGUUGGACCAUCGACACACAAUAUUACACAGCCGAUGUCUCUGUAUCGGUGGCUCAUUUGGACGAGCAAUUUUCCAUCGAGGCUUUGCCUACAUUCAAUCAGUUGGCUGCCCUGGUCAUGAUCUUCGACAUGAAUGAUCUUUCAUCUCAUGCGACGCUCCGGGAUUGGGUCGCUCAUGCUGAUCUACAGAAAUUUGAUGUAUUAUUAUGCAUAGGAAAUAAAGUAGAUCUUGUUCCAGGUCAUCCAGUUCAUGCUGAGUACAGAAAAUUUCUGCAAAAGCAGAGACUUAAAGACUCUUCUACAGAUUAUUCAGAUACAGUCGAAUAUGGAAUUUCUGAAAUUGAAGGAAGUAGUUUAUUGGGAGACGAAGAUCCCUCGUGGGAAACUAGGAGGUCGUGUUUGGAGUGGUGCGUUGAACGCAAUAUCGAGUUCAUUGAAGCGUGUGCGUCUAAUGCAGAUUUUGACAAAUGUUUAUCAAUUGAUGGUGAUAUACAAGGAGUUCAAAGGCUCUAUGGUGCUCUUUCUGCUCAUAUGUGGCCUGGAAUGAUUCUAAAAUCUGGAGAUAAGAUAACCAAGCCAUCAUUUCCAAAAGAAGAAGAAUUGUCGGAAGAAGAAUCCGAUAUUGAAAUUGACUACGAAAAACUAUCCGAGGGUUCAGCCGAACCGUGGGACGACACAGAUUUCAAGGGUUGCUCGUCGAAUGGAGAAGGUUCUUCCAUAGACACCGGAGCUCAUCCAAAGGAAGUCGACAAUGCCGAGCAAGAUCAAGCAUGUCAAAAUACCCGUGAUCAGGCAGAGGCUGAAGAAAACGCAGUGGCUACUAACGGAGAGCAUGACGAAGUGAAGGAUCCAUGCAAGGGAAAACAUCAUGAUGUAGAGGAUUUAGAACGGUUGAUGUGUGAGAUAGGGAACAUGCGGGACAGCUUGAGGUUGAUGCCAGAUUUUCAAAGAAGAGAAAUGGCUGCAAAAUUGGCGCUGAAAAUGGCGGCCAUGUUUGGUGGGAGUAGUGAUGAUGAAGAGGAAACUGCUGCCAUGGACUAGUGAUUCUGAGCUGGGAAUGGUUGCUCCUCCCCAAUCUUGUGUUCCUCGAUUCCUUCGGUCAAUGUAUGUUUGACAGCUUAGUUUUAUUUAAUCAUGUUCUUAGUUUGUUAAUCUCACUACUUAGCAAACUAAUUAAAGUGCUAUAUAAUUAGUUUAAAUACAACAAUGGAUGUGAAUGUAUGAUCAAGGAAGGAUUUUAGUUUUCCAA